UGAUGGUUAACCCUUGGUUAAGGUUUGGCAAGGAGGAUUCCCGUGCUAAGUGUACAAGAGUUUGUUAAUAAAUAAAUUAGUCACGACAAUACAAUUAUAAGAAGUAAACGAUGGCAUCGGGACUGGAGAGUUACGUGAAUCACACGGUGUCAAUUAUUACAUCUGAUGGCAGAAAUUUCAUAGGGACGCUAAAAGGAUUUGAUCAAACGAUCAACUUAAUAUUGGACGAGUCCCAUGAACGUGUAUAUAGCACCACGCAAGGAGUAGAGCAAGUCGUCUUAGGAUUGCACAUCAUCCGAGGAGAUAACGUGGCAAUCGUAGGAGAGCUAGACGACGAAAUGGACGCACGAUUAGAUCUAUCAACAAUUCGGGCAGAUCCAUUGAGUGCUGUAAUACAUUAAAAUAUUUUAAAUACAAUUCCGCAAACUGUUGACUUUCAAUCACCCA